GCAGUCCCGGAAGCGACCGGGGGAAGCUGCUCCGCGCGCGCUGCUGGAGGAAGCGCCACCGGGUCCGCUCCGCUCUGGGUCCGGCUGGGCCAUGGAGUCGAUGUCUGAGCUCGCGCCCCGCUGCCUCCUGCUUCCCUUGCUGCUGCUGUCGUUGCUGCUCCUGCCCGCCCCGAGGCUGGGCCCGACCCGUGCCCGGGCGGAGGACACCGACUGGGUGCGAUUGCCCAGCAAAUGCGAAGUGUGCAAGUAUGUUGCAGUGGAGCUUAAGUCAGCUUUUGAAGAAACCGGGAAGACCAAGGAAGUGAUCGACACAGGCUAUGGCAUUCUGGAUCGGAAGGCCUCCGGAGUCAAGUACACCAAGUCGGACUUACGGUUAAUUGAAGUCACUGAGACCAUUUGCAAGAGGCUUCUGGACUACAGCCUGCACAAGGAGAGGACUGGCAGCAACCGGUUUGCCAAGGGCAUGUCAGAGACCUUUGAGACGCUGCACAACCUAGUCCACAAAGGGGUCAAGGUGGUGAUGGACAUCCCCUAUGAACUGUGGAAUGAGACCUCUGCAGAGGUAGCCGACCUCAAGAAGCAGUGUGACGUGCUGGUGGAGGAGUUUGAAGAGGUGAUUGAGGACUGGUACAGGAACCACCAGGAGGAAGACCUGACUGAAUUCCUCUGUGCCAACCACGUGCUGAAGGGCAAGGAUACCAGUUGCCUGGCAGAGCGGUGGUCUGGCAAGAAGGGGGACAUUGCCUCUCUAGGAGGGAAGAAAUCCAAGAAGAAGCGUGGUAGGGUCAAGGGCUCCAGCAGCGGCAGCAAGCAGCGGAAGGAGCUGGCGAGUCUGGAGGGGGAUGCCAGCCCUGAGGAAGAGGAGGGUGUGCAAAAGGCCUCCCCCCUCCCACACAGCCCUCCUGAUGAACUGUGAGCCCAACUUAGUGUCCUUGAAUCAAGAUCCCAACUCAAGAGCAUGGGACGUGGCUCCAGCGAGAUGGCUGUUGUUCAGCUUCCGGUCUCCUACCUUGGCUGUGCCCUCUUCCUGCCCUUGAGCAACAGCAAGAAGUGGACUGAUCUGGGGGUGGGAGAGGAGGAGGGUGUGCAGAAGGCAGCUCUCUUGCUACGCAGCCCCCAUCACGAGCUCCGGGUCCAACCCAGCAUCCCCAAACUGAGACCCCUGACCUUGAAGCUGAAGAGCAUGAGACACAGAAGACUCCUCCAGCUUGCCUGUAGCUUCUUCAGCAGGAUGGACACAGCCCUCGUCAGGACUUAGUGCCAUGUGGCAGCCAGACCCGCGUCUUGCUCCACCACAUGUUCUCUUCUGCUGGGUCCCUGGUCAGGUCAUGAGUUUCCGAACUUCUAGGAUGAACUCAGCCCAGUGUGGCACAAGGGGCUGAGGACCAGAGCUGGAGUCACUGCAGAGCCAGCAGAGAGGGCACCUCACCUGACCCCAUGGGGAAGCAAAACUGCAGCCACAGCCGCUCCCCACCUCCACCCACUCAUGAGGACAACUUGUGCUCUGCCCAGUCCUCCUCCCCAGGGCUACCAGAGUAAACACCUUUCGGCCUUUUGGUUCCGGUUCCUGGGUC